AUGGGUCCGCCUCCCAAGCCAUCGUCGACGGCAUGCCGCAUUGCCCGUGGAGCGGUCUACUGCGACAAGGAUUUCUGGCACCGGUCGGUGGCGUGGUUCCUGGACCAGAAGGAAAAGCUGGGCACACAACAAGACAAGCAGCCACAGGAACACUUGGUCAAGCCAAAGAAAACACCGCGCUGGGCCUCGACGGCGCCUCCGACGCGGGUCCAGCCGGCCCGUGCGGCCAAGGGCAAGGGCAAGCGAUAUGCGGAGGACAUGGAAAGCGAUGGCCAGAGCGUGGCCACAGCGGUGAGCAAAAAGGCCAAGACGGUCAAGGUGAGCACUCUGAGACCAGCACCCAUAGCCAAAGCCAAAUCCACAGCCACGCCCUCCUCCGACUAUGUGCUCGACCCGGCCUGGGCGACGGCGUCGCUGUCGACCUUUCAAGCGGCCCUGGACACGCUGCUCGAAGGCAAGCGGGCCACGCUGGGCCGGUCGCGGUUCUGGUCGACGUGUCUGUCGACGUCGACAUCGACGACGGCGGAGGCACUGGACAGCCAGUGGUGUCCAAUUGUGGCGCUGCCGCUGGCCUGUACGGAGCGUCAGUUUUGCGCACACGGUACGUGCAACCCGCCUCUGUCUUUGCGGUCGCUGCCGUCAUUGUCUUCGUUGUCAUCAUCGUCGUCGUCGUCGUCGUCAUCGUCUUUGGCUGCCAAGGCCACGUCGCUUGCCCCUGUGGCCGUCAUGUCUCCCGUCACGCCCCUCACGACGCCCUGGGACACACCCCCGGUCACGCCGCCGGCCGACUCUGUCCGGUUCCAGGCGAAGCCGUUUGCGGAGCUGCGGCACGUCCAGGAGCGGACGGUGGCGGUGGCGGGGCUGCGGUUUGCGGUGGACAUGUGCAACGGCAUGCUGCGGACGGCCCACGACCAGGUACUUGCCGUCAAAGCGCUCCUCCCAGCCCUGCAGGGCAUCCAGCUGCUCGGCCGUGAGGUCGUCCAGCGGGUCCAGCGGCCCGUCGAGGUCCUUGGUCAGCAUGGACUCGUCAAACGAGUGCGACGCCAGGCCGCGGCUCGCAUCGCGGCCGGCAAAGUUUUCGUAGGGCCCGCCGGGGCCAUAGAAGUUGCGGCCGGACGAGACGUCAAAGACGCGGCCACGGACGGCCAAAAACACGGGGCGACCGUCCUGGCCGUCAAAGGGCCGGAGGGUGUGGGGGGUGUAGGUGCGGAAGACGGUGGCCGGCGGGUCUUUGGGGAACGACGGCGGCGGCGUCGGGCGGAGGAUGCUGUAGAGAGUGUAGAGGACGACGGCGGCGAGGAGGGCGUUGAGGGGAGUGACGAGGGUGGCCCUGGGCAGGCGACGUCGGCCUUUUGA